AUGAAUCCAAGCACGGCAGUUUUCCCACUGUUUCAAAUGUCACGCUGCUGCGUCCAUUGCAAUUUAAGCGCCUGCAGUGGCGGAAUCACACUUCAUCACGCUUUCAUCACGCUUUGGCAGGGUUACAGCCCCAUCACUGUGACAACUCCCAGUGCAACAGCCAAUACCCACCUUUGCAGGAGUCGGGACAAGUUCAGUCUGGGGAUCCAGAGGGACUACUGGGAUGUUGAGUUGCCGGAGAACUGGAACAUGUGA